GACUCUUUCUACGCAGGCUGGAGGACAGGAGUUGGAUGAUUUGCAAGAGGAACUCUUGGCACUACAGAGGGCCCUGAGAGAGGUGCGUGCCUGCCGCACACAGCCCAGCGAUGAGUGAGACACCAGCCCCCACCCUCAACACUGGAGAUACUUCAGCUGGUCCCACCACACCACGCAAGGGGCCUCCCAAGUUCAAGCAGAGACAGACAAGGCAGUUCAAGAGCAAGCCCCCCAAAAAAGGAGUAAGAGGGUUUGGAGAUGACAUCCCAGGCAUGGAGGGACUGGGCACAGAUAUCACAGUGAUUUGCCCAUGGGAAGCUUUCAGCCAUCUGGAACUGCACGAGUUGGCCCAGUUCGGGAUCAUCUAAGGUGUCAGCAUCUCUACUGGUGUCACCUGGUGACUCUGCAGAUCCUAGCAUGGUCUUCACCACCUUUGACACUUAUUUUUGGCCCUUGCAUCCAUCCACUUAUGGGCAGGGUGGUUUUGUAAGAGCUAGUUAUGAGAAAGUCCUUUGCAGACUAAUUUGGCAAAGAAGUUAUUUGGGGCCCUGAGCAGACCUCAGGCUCCAUGUGAUGAAACAACUGAAAAAUGUCUUAAUGCCUCCCUGUACCAUAUUCUUUCUUCUCUCACUGUCAUAGAUCUUCAAUGUUUAUGGAGAUACAGGGAGGCUGUAUUUGAACUUUUCCCCCAAUUAGCUGAGAUAUUGUGUGCAUGUAUGUCCAGACCUAAUUAUAUCAAACCCAUUUGAUUUCCUUCCUUCCCUUCCUGACAGCUUUCUAUAUAGAAUUUUCAGGGGUAGGUCCCCAUGUUAUUUGGGCCACCAAUUAUUUGCUGAGAGUACAUCUGUAGAGAACAGCAUUAGAGUCACCAGUCCAGACAUUAGGCUAUUUUUCCAUAGGAGACCCUUCCCCAGGGGUUCACCAUAAGGAAUGUGCUGCUAAAAUUUACCUCAUCAGCAAAUGGGGAAAAGGGCUUGCAA